AUGUUGAUAUUUAUCUUCCUUGUUGUAGUGGCUGCGACCAUCAUUGCCUACGGUGUGAUCUGGGUUCUCGUCGACUACGUACGCGUCCUCCGGCUCAGACGGCGCAUGGCACCAGGCCCAUUCCCGCUGCCCUUGUUUGGCAACAUCUUUCACAUCCCCAGCAGCAGACAGUGGAAGAAAUUCGAAGAGUGGUCGUUCAAGUACCAGAGUCCCAUCAUCACUAUCUGGGAUGGACAUACCCCUGUCACCAUUUGCAACGAUGCUUGGUCCAUGUCGAAUCUGUGCGACAAGCUGGCAAACAUUUACUCAUCACGAGCAGUCAAGACACUCACUGGCAAGAUCUUUGGGUUGAACAAGUUCAACCAAGCUGGCCUGGCCUACGGGGAGCAGUGGCGACUGCACCGGAGACUCACUCACUCCGCUGCAAAUGCCCAGAUCGUCCAAACAUACCGAUCUGUUCAAGCAAACGAGUCCAAGCUUCUCAUCAACGAAUGUCUCAACGAUCCCGGAAGAUUCGUCGAGGGUGCCCUGCGGUUCACCGUGUCCAUCGUAUCCGUCAUCGCCUGGGGCCGUCGGAUCAGCAGUGAAUCUGACACUGUCCUCAAAGUGGCCCAGGCAUUUGUCGGAAGUGCCAAUCUCGGCUUCCCGGGAAAGACUUACACAGAGGCCAUUCCCAUCCUUGCCUUGAUGCCUCCAUGGCUCAACGCGCUUCCGAACCAGCUGAGGAAGCUUGCCGAUACCUCCAACAAAUACUUCUACGCCUUGUCCGUCGAGGGCGCUGAGGCUGCACAGGAUAACUUUGCAAAGAGGCUGCUGAGGGAGAAGGAAGAACAUGGUCUCAGCAAGGUCGAGAUUUCAAAUCUGACUGGCAACUUCAUUGGUGCUGGAGUUGAUACCACCACGAGUACAAUGUUGACGUUUGUCCUGGCCAUGUGUCUCAACCCGGACGUUCAACGCAAGGCACAGGAGGAGAUAGAUGGCGUGAUUGGCCACGACCGCUAUCCAGAUUGGUCCGACCAGGAGAAUCUCCCCUAUCUGGCGGCCAUCAUCAACGAAACACUGCGGUGGCGGCCUGCCUUUGCCCUCGGCGGUCCUCCCCACGCCCCGACUGAGGAUGAUAUCUACAACGGAUUCCUCAUUCCAAAGGGAACAGCUAUCAUCGGCAAUCUCUACGCCAUCUCACGCAACCCGCGCGAGUAUCCCCAGCCUCAGAGGUUCUGGCCGGAAAGGUUUCUUGAUGGAUUCGACCGGCCAGCUUACCCGAACAAGAGAGGGCAUAACGCGUUUGGCUGGGGCAGGCGAGUGUGCAGCGGAGAGGCAUUGGCGCAGCAGAGUCUAUACUUUACCAUUGUCUCUUUGCUGUGGGCGUUCCACAUCCGCCCCGGGCUGGAUGAAAAUGGAGUGGAGGUCACUCUCGAUCCAGACGCGUACACCGUCUCGCAAGUCAAUCGCCCGGUGCCUUUCAAAGUGCGCUUUUUGCCAAGGUCCGAGAAGAUUGCCAGCCUUGUCAAAGAAGGGGCUGAGAAUGCGCGCUCGGAGCUUCGAGCGUUCGACGCCGAGACCAAGGUCACUUUUGAGAGCGCUCAGUCGGUGUCUCUUGACAUGCCCAUCUCACACUCAAAGAGUUAG